UUUCUGAGGGUCGGCAGUAUAUUUUAUCGAAAAGUCCGCGGUCACACUGUACUCAACUCUAACUGCGUGCAUAGCAAAAAAGAAAACAUUAAUUGUUUGUGUUUUUAUUCGCUUGAGCCAACGGGUGUGUUAGUUCUCGCUGAUUAAAGUUAAACAACAAUUAAAGUUCAAAGUGGAAAAUCAGUCAGAUAUCCAAUUUCUAGCGAAAACCGAGCAACAUGUUGCCAGACAAACCAAAUUAUGAGGCGAGAAAAUGGACGUAAUCAUUUAAACAAAAGGCGUGCGUGUGGAAUUCGCAAUCCCAGGCGUCAAUACCCAACCAAUUCGCAAACCGGCGGCUACCCGCUAGUCUGCCGCCCUCCCCACACAAACACGCGCCCGCUCCCGCAGGCGCACAGACAGGACAAGCAGACGACAGACACCAGCCCCUGCACGAAACAAGCUCUAUCUCCAUUAUGGAGCCCACUGCCGCGGGGAAUCUGCUGGAGAUCAUGGACCUGGCGCGCACUCUCCGCCAGGAGCAACUCUUCAUCCAGCAAGAGCAGACUGCCUUUGGCCAGCUGACGGGGGCUCUAGAGACCAAUGCAGGCACCAUAACAAAGUUGGCCUUUGUGUGUGCCCAGCAGAGACAGAUACUGAACGAGCUGCUGGUGGCCAGGAACGAUCACGAUCCUCUGUUGAGCUGCAGACGGGCGAGUGCCUACGACAGUGCCCAGUUUAUGGACGCCAAGCAGGUGCUGCCGUAUGAGCAUGCCCUGGCCUACGAGGAUCUCUUCAAUUAUCUGUACAAUACGCCAUAUUUGUUGGCCCUGUCGCUGGCCACCGCGGACCGGCUGUCGCUGCUCUCGAGCGGUCAAUUGGGGCAGAUCAUCAAUACGAUAGCUACGGGUCUGUAUGGGAAUGCCAUCAACACAAAGGAUGUGGAACUGCUGCUGAAGCUCCUGCGUGAACUGAUCGAAAUCCAGCUGCUGGGCAGCGAGCAGCCCCGACGCCUGCUCCGGACCAAUAGCAGCUCCUUUGCCCGCCUCUAUCAGCGGCUGGUGGAGAGCCUCUUUUCGGCAAGAAUCUUCCUUACAGCCGCCCUGCAUGCCCCCCUCAUGGGAGUCCUAAGCGAGCACGAUGUCUGGCUGGAUCUCGAUCCGCACAAGCUGAUGCAGAGUUUUAGCCAGAAGGAGCGCGAACGGCGCUUUGGACAGGCGGGGGAGGGGGAGCACGGCGAGGAGUACCAGCGGAAUGUGGCACGCUUCCAUGCGGAGACCCUGGGUAAACUGCACACCCACGCCCAGGUGUUCGUGAAGAGUCUGCAGCAGAGCUGGGCGCUGUUUCCCAGCUCCCUGCGCUGGCUCCUGCAGACGCUCAGCCAGCAGCUGCGGCAGACGCAUCGCCACAAAGAGCAGGAGAUCCGGCAACUGCUCACGGAUCUGGUAUUCACGCACUUUAUCUCCCCAGCCAUUGUCAGCGCCGACCUGGUGGGCAUUAUCGAUGUGAAUGUCAGCGAACGGAUGCGUCACAAUCUCAAUCAGAUUGUCCAGCUGCUGCAGCGGCUGGCCCUGAACGACGAAGGCAGCGAAUUGGUCCAGCUGAUGGAGCUCCUCAUGGUUGGCGAGACGGGGGAGGAUGUGGUGGCCAUACUGCCACAGCAGACGGACUUUGAGCGCUCUCAGCUGGCCAUCAAUCAAAGAGAGCUCUCACAGUUUGUGGAGUUCUUUCGGCUGCUAACGUCCCGCGAUGAAUACGAUGUCUCGGCCGAGGAGAGGCAGCGCUUGCAGCGCAUCUUGGGCAGGAUACCCAAGCAGCAGCAGCAAUCGCAGUCGGAACUGCCGGAUGCUACCGCAAACAGUCCGGAGAAGCAGCAAAACAACAACAACAAGAAGAACAACAACAGGAGUCUGAUGCGUCUGGGCAAGGCCAAAAAGAAGCUGGCCAAUAGCAUGAGCUUCAGCAACAGCAAUAGCAAUAGCAAUAAAAAUCUGCAGCCUGCAGUCGAGCAGUUACCGCCAUUGGCCAAUGGCCAGGCGAAUAGUUCCAACAUUUCCUCUGCUUCGAAUGGAGAUCUCGAGCAGUGCUCCAGCCACAGCGGCAGCAAUACGAGCCUUAGUUCGUGCGGUGCUGCUCCGGCUGCUCCUACUCCUGCCCCGACUGCUGUCACAAACGAUCAUCAAUGCUGCCCCCCGGAUGAGCCCGUGCUCAUGUUUAGCAUCUACAAUGCCUCCGCGAAGAGCAAACUGAAGCCCCUCACCGAGGAGGAGGUGCUCAAGAUGAACUGCAUAGGGCAGGAUGGCAGCAAUCUGCUGCCCACUGUGGCUUGCACUACUGGAGUGGUGGCACCCUCCUCGAACAACGAUGAUGUGAGCAGCCUGGAGGCAAUGCGACGGCCCCAGGAUGAUGCCUCUAUUGGCAAUUCGGAUAAUCUGGAGGCCAUCAGUGAGGCGGCGCAUUCGGUGGCCAGUUCGCUGGAUCUCGAAGAGCAACAAGAGCGGGAUGUCCACGAGAACGAAGACAAUCUCUCCGAUAUGGUGUCGGCGAAUGUCUCGGGCAGGGGCACACCGAAUAUCAGUGGCCGGGACACGCCCUCGUCCCAAGUGACGGACGGCGAUGGCGGUGGCGGGGACAUGGCCCACCAUCAUGGCCAUCACGUGCGUGCUGCGAAUCCACAAAUGCAAAAGAUGCUCCUCUCAAAGGCCCGCUCCGACAUCGACGAUAAGUUCUGCAAAUUUGAGUUGAAAAAGUUCGAGGGCGAUGAGAAUGUGAGCAUCAUUUCGGACACCUGGUCCACGGAUGUCCUGGCCAGCGAUUCGGAGAAUACCCUCGAUGCCACGGGCAGCGAACGGGGUGGCGAUCGGGGCGAUCGUGGAGACCGGGAUCGCGACAGAAACUUCUCCACGCCGCUAAUCCCCUCCGCUGUAGUCCUGCCGGGUGACAAUAAUUUCGUUGUGGAAGCCCUGGCCCGGGCCGGGGCUGGCGUGAUCUCUGGACCCCACAUGGAUGCCUCCGACCAGCGAUCGGAGAGCAACUGGAGCACCGAUGUGCUGGCCAGCGAUUCGGAGAAGCUGGCCGAAAUCGAUACGGAUGAUAAUGCCAGCAUCACAGCCAAAUCGGACAUUGGCCCUGGCUCGGGCGGUGGUGGCGGGGUGCCAGAGGCUGGCGGUGGUGGCGGUGGCGUAGGCGAUGACGACGAUGAGGACGAACAGACGCCGGGCAGCAGUGGCGACGGGGAGCCAGACCCAGACCCAGAUCCAGACCGAGAACGGCUGCGCAAUGGCAGCGAACGCAGCCAAGAGGAUUCGGCCUUCUUUGACGCCGUCAAUUCGUAUGAGGAUGCCCAUCACUUGUACCAUGGCGCCUCCUCGCUGGCCCGCAGUUCGGUGAGGACCAGCUACCAUGUCAUGGGCGGGGAGAGUAGCUUCCAGCAACAGUACAAAUCCAGCGGUGCCGAGGGCAUUGGCCGGAAGACCACACCGCUGAUGGGCACCUCCUGCAUGCGACGCCAGACCUCGGCGGAGAGCAGCAUUAGCAAUCAGAGCCUCAAUCUGGAGGAGCCGCCCCCGCCGCCACGAGCAUUGGCCAAGCACCAUCAUCAUCAUCAGCAUCGGGAUAGGGAUCGCGAUAGGGAUCGGGAUCGGGAUCAUCGUGAGCAUCAUCACAAGUCGGCGGCGCUGAAGAAAAAGAAACACCAGGAGCAUAAGGAGCAUCAGCAUCGAGAUCUUAUUGAUUUCAGUGAUUGCAGCGAGGACAAGGAUGAGGAAGAGCAGCCGCCAGGGCUCGUCCAACAGCUGCUGGACAUGUUCAACCAGGAGGAACAGCAGCAACAGCAACAGCAACAACAACAGGGCUGCUCCUCCCAGUCGUCCGUCGAGCAUCGUCGCAUCUCCAUGGAGCAGCGUUCACAGUGCAUCGAUGGGCGGCGGAAUGGCAUCCUGGCGGGCAGCAUGCGACGCCACCAGAGUCUCAAUUAUGAGAAUCAUGAGAUUAUGCUCAAUUCGAUGCUGCCCAAAACGGAUGACGACAAGCAAGAGCUGCUCCUCUGUGCCCAGACCCAGCAGCAGUUGCAGCUUGAGGAGCGAGCAGCAGCAGCCGAGAACAGUUGCAGCAACAGAGCCGGAGCCGGAGCCAGAGGCACAUCCAAGCCGCCCAGCAAGGCCACAGGGGCCAUACCAAAGAGCAUUAGCUUCGAUGCCAGUGCGGAUAAAGAGCAGCAGCCGUACCGGGAUAGGGAACGGGAGCGGGACAGAGAACGAGAUCGGGAACGGGACAGAGACAGAGAACGGGACAGGGAUAGAGAUCGAGACAGGGACAGGGAUCGCGAGCAUCAUAGUGCUGGCAUUUUCAACAAGUUGAAGCAGGGCUUCUUCAAGCAUCGCCGAGGAGGCUCAAGCAGCUCCAAGAACAAUGCCAUUGCCAUAGCCGCCCCAUCGAGCAUCAAUCCGAAUCCGAAUCCCAGUUCCGCAACAGAUCCGGGUGGCCGCAGUGUUAGCUUUGAUCCCAGUGCCGGUGCCUGCGUUAGCUUUGGCACCCACUACUGUGAUAGCAGCGAGGAUAUCCUGGCCAAGUACAGGCGCAAGGUGAGCAGCUCCAGCGAGGCAACUAAUUCGGAUUCAACGGGCAAUGGGGCUGGAGGAGGAGCUGCCGCGGCAGCGGCUGCAGCUGCAGCGCAUUUGCAUAAGCACGUGAACGGGGGACUACUUCCUGGCGUGGCCUUUGGCAGCGUGAAGCAAAAACUGCGCACGGUCCUGUCCAAGACGGAUCUGCAUAGCGGGGACUUUCGGCAGACGACGCCCAUGCGUCCGCUGGAUGCCACAACGCCGCUGCAGAUCUACUUGCAGAUCCAGCUGGCGCAGUGCAUUAGCCUGCAGCGGUUGCCGCAGAUCUCGCAUGUGGCCGAGGCGCUGCGUUGCCUUGAGCAGCUGGAGCGGCCGCAGCACGGCCAGCUGCUGGUGGAGCUGCAGCAUGACCUGCAGCGCAGGCAGAGCUAUCUGCAGUACCUGAUGCGGCAUCGCCAGCAGUUGCUUCUGCGCUCCGAGCAGCUCGAGCAGCUGGAGGUGCGGCUGAGGAGCGAGGCGCGGAGCUGCCAGCGCUGCCUGAUGCAAUCGUUGGUCCGGCUCUAUCUGGCCUGGGCCCGCCAACAGGACAAGCUGGAGCAGUUCCAAACAGAGUUUGGUCAGCUAAGGGCCAGCGAUGAGCGGGUGGAGCUGGUCGAGGAGUUUGUCGAGCAGCUGCUGCAGCAGUUGAUAACGAGCGCCGAUCUACUGGACGAAUGGCAGGUGGAUGCCGCACGGGAGGCCAUCGAACGGAUGCUUUUAGAGCUAAUGUACCAGCAGGUGAUGUUCCCCAAUGAGGAUGCCGAUGUCUCGCGCGACACCGUGCUCUCUGCGCACAUUGGCAAGCUGCAGCGGUUCGUACAUCCCGCCCAUCCGGCCUUGUGCAUUGCCCAGGAGUAUCUCGGCGAGGCGCCAUGGACAUUCGCCCAGCAGCAGCUCUGUCAUAUGGCCGCCUACAAGACGCCGCGCGAGAAGCUGCAGUGCAUUAUUAACUGCAUCUCUAGCAUCAUGAGUCUGCUGCGCAUGUCCUGCGGUCGAGUGCCCGCUGCCGAUGACCUGCUACCCGUGCUCAUAUAUGUCGUCAUAAUGGCAAAUCCCCCCUAUCUUCUGUCGACGGUGGAGUACAUUAGCUGUUUUCUGGGCAGGAAGCUCGAUGGCGAGAACGAGUUCUAUUGGACGCUGUUCGGUUCGGUGGUGAAGUUCAUCAAGACCAUGGAUUAUCUGGACUAGCUCUUUGUCAAAGGAUAUGCUUAUCCUCCACUUCCCACGAGAUAUUUUUAGGAAGUAUUUGCAUGUAGAGAUAGAGAUUACUUGUUCGUUCCCCUUCUUUAUUUUCUAUAUGUCUAUCGUAUAUAUAUCUCCAUGUAUGUGUAUGUGAAUGUAUGAUAUUUUUUGUUUAAAAAAAAGAAGAAAACUUGUUAAAACCUUAAACUUUAAGUUCCAUUGCGGCAGACGAGACAUAAUCCCACUCUUCUCUAUACUCGUACAUAUAGAUGUGUUCGAGAGACGUAUCGGAAGAUAACUAAAUAUUAAGCAAACCCAAGCUAAGAGGCCUCGCCUCAUCCAUGAUACUAUAUCUAUAUAUACACGAUAUGAUACAUCAUAAUGCAAUUGUAUAUUCAUUCUAAUGGCAUACCAACAAUAACUCUAGAGAGAGCCCUAUUCUUCUACAAUAUACAUACACUAUUGUACAUAUUUAUACAAGUACACAAGUAUAUCCCAUAUUUACGGUUUACCCUCUGUCAUAAGAAAUGCAACCUAAUAUUCCUUAUUGUGCAACACAAAAUAAUAAAAGAACAAAAGUAAAGCAAUCGGGAUGUGCGAGUUUGCCUCGACAUAAA